GAGAUGCACGGGUGAGAGGUCAGACAGGGGUUCUCUCCGAGCGCCGCGGCUCCUACCCGUUUAUAGACUUCCGUCUUCUUAACAAUACUACACUCUCAGGGGAAGUUGGCACCAAGAAAAAAGUGAAAAGACUGUUAAGUUUCCAGAGAUAUUUCCAUGCAUCCCGGUUACUGCGUGGAAUUGUACCGCAAGCCUCUCUGUACCUACUGGAUGAGGACUACCUUGGGCAAGCAAGGCAUAUGCUAUCCAAAGUGGGGAUGUGGGAUUUUGACAUUUUCUUGUUUGACCGCUUGACAAAUGGAAACAGUCUGGUAACACUGCUUUGUCACCUCUUCAAUGUGCUUGGACUUAUUCACCAUUUCCAGUUAGAUAUGGUUACGUUACACAGGUUUUUAGUUAUGGUUCAAGAAGAUUACCAUAGCCAGAACCCAUACCACAAUGCUGUCCAUGCUGCUGAUGUCACACAAGCUAUGCACUGCUAUCUGAGGGAGCCCAAGCUUGCCAACUUCCUCACCCCAUCGGACAUCAUGCUCGGACUGCUAGCUGCUGCGGCUCAUGACGUGGAUCAUCCAGGGGUCAACCAACCCUUUCUGAUCAAAACUAAACACCACCUUGCCAGCCUGUACCAG